AUGUAAACCUAUCAUUUAUAUUCAAUAUUGACUGAUAGCGCCUAAGAAUAUUUAAUAGAUAAGAUAGUUUUUAACUACGAAGGAUUCUAAAUACUAUAAAAACAAUUAAAUUAAUCAACCUCUGUUCUAGUUUCUGGCUUAUUUGGAAGCUAGAAUGAGAUAGAGAAGUAAUUAUUUGAAGAAAUUCACAUAAAACCAGACAAUUUAGAACUUCAAAAUGCUUCUAAAAAAGGCAAUUUAAUCGGUGUUCGAUUUUAAAAUAAAAUAAUAUUUUGUUUAAUUCUUUAGUUAGAAUUUUUUUAAAGCAAACCUAUAAAAGAAAAAGCAAUUGAAUUAACUCUAUUUAGAAUUCUUUAAGAUUUAACUGACAAUAUUAAAAUUUGUCUUGGUGAUGAGAUUUAUAAUCAAUGGUAUCUUGGAGAUGAGACACCGUUUAGCCCAUUUAUAGUCUAGCGUUAAUAAUAUACCUAUGUUGAGUAAGGAGAUUAAGAAAUUCAAGAAUACAAAUGUCCGCAAAAUAAUUUUCUUUAAGAUAUGACAUAAUAUGAAAUCUUACUUUCUUAAAAUUAAUCCCCCUUUUUCACAAUAAUUCAAGAACUCAAAUUUAAUGAAUAAGAUUUCAAGCAAAAUUAUGAAUCCUUUGUUUAAAGCAUAUUCAAAUAAAAUAUUCUAAAAGAUCAAAUUUUCAUUCCGCAAAUCUUAGCAAUAUUUUAUAAACUAUUUACGAUAAAAUUAAAACUGUUUUCUCAAAUGAAAAGAAGUAGCAAUCUAUUCUGA